AGACGCACUGAGCUCGAGCAGCCGGUGAUGGCAGCGGCAGCGACGGUGUCUGCGGCGGGUCCGGGCCCAUGAGGCGACGACGGAGGCGGGACGGCUUUUACCCAGCGCCUGACUUCCGAGACAGGGAAGCUGAGGACAUGGCAGGAGUGUUUGACAUAGACCUGGACCAGCCAGAGGACGCAGGCUCUGAGGAUGAGCUGGAGGAGGGGGGUCAGAUAAAUGAAAGCAUGGACCAUGGGGGAGUUGGACCAUAUGAACUUGGCAUGGAACAUUGUGAAAAAUUUGAAAUCUCAGAAACUAGUGUGAACAGAGGGCCAGAAAAAAUCAGACCAGAAUGUUUUGAGCUGCUUCGGGUACUCGGUAAAGGGGGCUAUGGAAAGGUUUUUCAAGUGCGAAAAGUAACAGGAGCAAAUACUGGGAAAAUAUUUGCCAUGAAGGUGCUUAAAAAGGCAAUGAUAGUAAGAAAUGCUAAAGACACAGCUCAUACAAAAGCAGAACGGAAUAUUCUGGAGGAAGUAAAGCAUCCCUUCAUUGUGGAUUUAAUUUAUGCCUUUCAGACCGGUGGAAAACUCUACCUCAUCCUUGAGUAUCUCAGUGGAGGAGAACUAUUUAUGCAGUUAGAGAGAGAGGGGAUAUUUAUGGAAGAUACAGCCUGCUUUUACUUGGCAGAAAUCUCCAUGGCUUUGGGGCAUUUACAUCAAAAGGGGAUCAUCUACAGAGACCUGAAGCCGGAAAACAUCAUGCUUAAUCACCAAGGUCAUGUGAAACUAACAGACUUUGGACUAUGCAAAGAAUCUAUUCAUGAUGGAACAGUCACACAUACAUUCUGUGGAACAAUAGAAUACAUGGCCCCUGAAAUCUUGAUGAGAAGUGGCCACAAUCGUGCUGUGGAUUGGUGGAGUUUGGGAGCAUUAAUGUAUGACAUGCUGACUGGAGCACCUCCAUUCACUGGGGAGAAUCGAAAGAAAACAAUUGACAAAAUCCUCAAAUGUAAACUUAAUUUGCCUCCCUACCUCACACAAGAAGCCAGAGAUCUGCUUAAAAAGCUGCUGAAAAGAAAUGCUGCUUCUCGUCUUGGAGCUGGUCCUGGGGAUGCUGGAGAAGUUCAAGCUCAUCCAUUCUUCAGACACAUUAACUGGGAAGAACUUCUGGCUCGGAAAGUAGAACCCCCCUUUAAACCUCUGUUGCAAUCUGAAGAGGAUGUGAGUCAGUUUGAUUCAAAGUUUACACGUCAGACACCUGUUGACAGCCCAGAUGACUCAACUCUCAGUGAAAGUGCCAACCAGGUCUUUCUGGGUUUUACAUAUGUGGCCCCAUCUGUACUUGAAAGUGUGAAAGAAAAGUUUUCCUUUGAACCAAAAAUCCGAUCACCACGAAGAUUUAUCGGCAGCCCACGAACACCUGUCAGCACUACAGCACAAGUAUUAUCUCAGUGGAUUAUUUGGAGUAACAUCUCAAAGAUGGGUUCAUCUGUUUGUGUUUGCUCUUUACACUAUUGUUUCUACUAUCUCAAGUUGGCUUUGCAUCUAUUAAAGAAAUUCUUCAGCUGCCUUAUUAGGAGUGCUAUGAGGGUAACAUCUUUUCUGCUUUUCAUCUUGUAUUUAGUUUGCUGUAUUGAAAUAUUUGACUUCAGAUCGAAUGAAUGUAAAUAGAAAUUAAAUGCGAAUUUGAAUGAACAUAAAAUAGAAGUGAUUUUUUUAUUAUCUUAAGGGAGGAAGAAAAAUGUAUCAGGUGUACAAUAUUAACAUGUCAAAUGUGUUUAAGUUCUGAAAUUUAAUAAACUAUGUUUGUAAGGAAUGACAUUUGUAAAA